GAAGGGGCUUCUGCGUGUGCGUGACAAACGAAGAGCUCUCUGUUGGGUCAAUAGACUCAUAGACUUAUUUUUCUUUCUGUAUUAGCUUACAUGUAAUUAGAAGUUUCUCCGUUUAUCUGCUUACAAUUUUGUUAUUUAUCUGCCGAGUUGUUCCUCUGGGCAGAAUACUUUGUAAUUAAGUGAAUGCACUUUACGAGUUGCACUUAAUCCAUAUUACUACACCAGUGGACAAGUGUUGGAUUUUUAUUUACAAGCAUCAUGUGUGUGAUUUGAAGAGGAAACACCUGCUGAGGACUUUAAGGUGCUGCGAUCACUGACGCUUCCCGUCUGAAUUUAAAGCAGAAAUCAUCAUGAAGUCUCUAUAACAGUUUUACAGCCGAGAAAGGAAUCUGAGCUUUUAUUUUUGGAUCAGAGAUGGGUCUGACCGGGCAAAGGUUAAAGUACCUGGCGCUGCUGUUACUCUCUGUGAUCUGUGUGCAGGGAGACUUCGUGGAGCCCCCUCAGCCCGAAACCUCGCUGCGCUCCUUUGCAGAGAGUGAGACCAGACUGCCCUGCCACUACCAGGUGGAGGGAGGGCAGAAGGUGGUGCAGGUCACAUGGUACAAGGACCUCCCAGACGGCAGCAAGGAUCAGAUCAUCACUGCUCACUUUGUGGACGGACACACAGAGUUUGGGCGUUACUCCGGCCGGGUGAGGUUCGAGAGCGGGAGUCCCACGGUGAACUCGGCUCUUCUCAUCCCGAACACGGAGGAGUCGGACAAGGGCAGCUACACCUGCCACAUCUCCACCUUCCCCAACGGAAACUUUGAGAGGCACAUCACCCUCACCGUCUGGAUUCUACCCAUCUCCUCUCUGGACCCGGUGAUCCUGGUGGAGGGUCAGUCUUACCGUGUGGCCGCCUCCUGUCGAGCGGUGGGCCGCCCGUCCCCCCAUCUCACCUGGGACACCGAGCUGCCGGGACAGUCCCUGAACCGGACCCAGGAGGGCGGGUCCGUGUCCAGCUACUACUCCCUGCACCCGCUGCGCAGCAUGACGGGGAAGAAGCUGGACUGCCUGGUGUGGCACCCCGGCCUGGAGCAGCCGCGCCGCAUCUCCAACCGCCUGGUGGUGCAGUACCCCCCAGAUGCCAUCAUCUCCUCCACUACAGAGGACUGGUAUGUGGGUAUGGAGAACGCUGAGAUGAUCUGCAGCGGCGGAGGAUACCCCAAGCCUCAGAACAUCACCUGGACGAGGAAAGGAGGGGCUUUGCCGGAUUGGGUGUCCAUGGUUGGAGAAAAACUAGUUUUUGGGCGGGCCCUGCGCAUGAAUGACAGCGGGGUAUACGAGUGUGUGGUCAGGAACGAGGUGGGAGCAGGAGCAGCAGAGUUCACAGUAACAGUCACAGAGACCAGACGUCAGGGUGAGACCCCCGUCGAAAACCUGCUUCUGAUCAUCAUCGGUGCGUCGGCCGGGGCGUUGGUCGUGGCGCUGGUCCUGGUCGUCCUGCUGGUCAACCGCUACCAUCGACACAAAAACAAGAAGCUCGAGAUGGAGCUCAGCGAGAAAACGGAGGAAAUUCAAAGCUUCUCCAGACAAGCCUCCUUUAGGAGACUCAACUCAGUCAGCACAGACCCCAGAGUGCAGUCUGAAGAUUACGGCCUGCUCAGAGUAGACAGCCGAAUGAAAAACAGCGAAAUCUCUCUGGAACAGCCCAUCUACCGAGGCAGCCAGUCCACUCUGGGGGGGAAGUGGGGGCCCUCGGGGGUGGUGGAGGUGGACGAACUGGGACGUCCCGUUGUCUGGCAAAACGGCAGGGAGAGCCUGAGAGGAGCAGAGCUGGAGGAGAAGGAGGAACGCAGGAGGAGGGUGGAGUCGUACCUGAAGAGCAGCAACAUGUCGCUGGACUCAGGUCUGCCCUCUUCCCUGGUUCCCCUGAAGGCCCAGCAGGACGAAGGCGAUGGGCCCACACAGCCGGACCCGGCCCCCCCCAGAGAGGGAGACUCUCCACAGGGGGUGGGAGAGGACUGGCCACCUCCCCCGGUGGUGGAGGGGCACGAGGAGGAGGUGGGCAGCAGCUCCUUCCACAUCUCAGAGGCCCUCAACAACCACUUCUACUACAGCAACGGGAUCCUCAGGCCGAAGCCGCACUCCAACGCCAUCCUGCUGCACCCCCGAGGACAGAUCAUCUAGCACAGAUCAUCUAAACACAGAACAUGAAAGGAGCCGGCAUUCCGGCAUCUAAAAGGACCUUUUUCUUGUUCAAACGGGAUGUUUGUUUUGUAUACAUUGACUGCAGGGGGUCAUUUCCCCCAGGAUAGAUCCAAACUUGAAUAUUUUGCCUCUGGCUUGUAAGUUGUUUAUCCUUUAUCCUCAUGACAUUAAUUGGGACUUUUUUUUGGGGGGAGGGGGGGGGGGCAUUUUAUACCUUUUUCUUUGGUAGUGAAAACGACUGGGGGGGGGGAAAAGAGAAGGGGAAUGAUAUGCAGCAAACUGUUGGCCAGCUGGGAAUCAAACUGAUCUGGGAAAUCUCUGAUCAGGAAGUUUUAGCCAGAGUUAUUUAUCCCAACCAGCCGGCGAUGGGUCGUCCAAUUUGAGCGCUUAAAGGUCACCUAUUAUGCAAAAUCCACUUCUUCAUGUCUCUUCUACAUCAACAUGUGUCCCCUCUGUGUAAAGAGACUCUGAAAGUUUCAGGAAAAAAGAUUCUCUCUUUUUGUCCUGAUCCAUUUCUAUAGAAACCUGUCUGAAAAUGAGCUGAUCAGAUUUUGGCCACUCUAUGAUGUCAUAACGAUGUUUUGGCUUGAGUAACCAUUAGCCAAUCAGUAACCAAGGUAACCCCCCACCCCCUUAUCACCUGAAUCUCCUCCUAGAGCACCAUUGUGUUCUUUGUAACCAAAUCUCUCUCAGAGGGGCGUGGGGAGCGGCUCCUUAUUUUCAUCUGAAGUGUUGGAAACAGAGGGGAUUAUGGGUAAUGCUGCAAUGAUCUGUUUGGAGAAAACUUCAGAGACAUGUUCUGUAUAUAUCUGAGACCUGUAAUAUAUUGAUGAAAAACAGUAUAAUAGGGGACCUUUAAAUAAACAAUAUUUGGGGGCAUUUGAUGGCUUUAUUAGACAGUGGAGAGAUCAUAGGAAAUAAGGGUACGGUUCCUUACCAGACAAGAACUAGAGAUGUUAUGGAUGACCACCAGGGUGCCCAAUAUUCAGAAAUGUUUCUAUCCUAAUUAAUUUGGCUUUGUUAACCACAAUAGCAUGUCAAUCUCCUUGAACGUGUAAGGAAGACGGUUCCUGUUACAAGAAUGUUUACUGUUUUAACUGCAGGGGGCCGAAAUCACCCAACCUCUGCUCUGGUGACUUGUACAUAUGUAAAUCCACUAAAGGGAGAGUCCCAAUUUAUCCUGACUGCCAACACAAGGUGCCUAGUUUACAAUCCUUCAGGGAGGAACAUAAAGACAGGGACACCGUUUCUGAGCUCUAAUGCCUGGUCAUGUCAAGAGUCAACUGUCCUCAAAGCUUUGGUAUUUUCAGCCUGGAUGCAGCAGCUGAGGUGUGUGAAUUUGUGUAUGUAAAUAAGGAAGAGCUAUAACGAGAUACUGUAUAAAUGUAAGUCAUUAAAGUUCAACAAGAAUGUCAAGAAG